CAGCUCAAAAACUGUAUGAAGUUCAUGCUCAAGCGCAAGCGCGGCCGCCCGCCCAAGAACUACCUUAUGCCGCGCCCUGGUGUGGACAUGCAAAUACCGAUGCAGUACGGGCUCGUCGACCUGGCCAAGUGUUAUGGACGUCCGAAUGAGAAUUACAACGCGACCAACCUGCCCUUCGGAGACUUCUCUUACCUGACCGAGAUGAUUUACAACCCGCUGUCGUACAACUACGGGGUCACCAGUGUUGACCCCGACCGGAACGUUGACCCCGACCAGACCAUGACCUCCGAGACCUCGCAUGACCGCACUAUCGAUGUUUCCGAUUCCUCCUCCGAAGAUGAUGACAGCACUAAGGUUGAGCCAGAAGAGAACGUGCCCCCAGUUGCAAUGGAGACCCAAAUCAUGACCGUCGGCGACUGCCAGAUCGUGAAGCUGCCUCCCUCCACCGAGGAGAAAGAAGACAAGUCCGAACAAGUCCAAGAGGCACCCGCUCCGCAAGCCCCAAGCGCGGUAACCAUUACGCCCAUAACUACUGUUGGGGAUUGCACCAUCCGCCCCGUCGAGAACACAUAAUACGACUGGGUCAUCGUCUACCCCGUGUGCUACCCGUAAAGUUAAUACCGCGGAAUAGAGCAAGAACUGAGCGAGAUGUCACUAGCAACACUGAGAUAAAAAGAAUAUUGACAACUUACAAGUAUUCGGCCAAUGGUACAAAUUUCCAGGCCAGGAAGGAUUCAAAAAAAAAAAAAAAGAGUUGCGAGAUGCGGCGUAACAGGAGGGCUACUCUGAAACGCUGUUUACGUAGUUUCGGAUCUAUCUGUCACCGUCGCUCAUGCAGGCAUCUCGCUUUGCGUGAGAGGGAUAGCAACAUUCGAAACUUCGGAUUACGUUUUUCAAAGUAACCCCGCAGAACUGUUUUUUGCAACUAUUUGACAGUUCGUUAGCACUUAUUGGCACGCUAAAAAUUUUAACUCUGAGAUUUACCUGAGUGAAAUCAUGGAUCUUUAUGAAAAAUAGUGCUUUAGAAACGUGACUGGUUCAGUCAGUGAUUCGUUAUUGUACAAAACAAUGAAUUAAUCCUGACACACAAAUGACAUCCAAUGACAUCUUUGAAUCGGUUUCGUUUGACACAUCGUGGUUGUUGCUCUAUUCUAAAGGAAUGUUAACUUUAUGGUGUUACCAGCACUUCGCCCGAGCGGUACAGGCUGUGAAGACUUCAGGUAUUUUGAUGGAACUUUGAUGGUUAUUCAAACUUGAAUGCUUUUUAACGGCGUGAAAUUGUUUACUGGCUAGGAAAUCGUACUCGUGGUCGCAUGAGACCGCAGAACAGUUGAUUUCUAUUGAUCGCUGGUACUUGAAGGAUUGAUGUACUUUUAUUAUACUAUCAAAGUAUGCCAAUAUAUCACCACAGCCUGUAGUUCUUUCCUAAUCUUAUGUAUUUCCGCAUAAAAAGCACAUUUUGGUGCUGACACGCUCGGGCCCGCGGGGUAGACAUUCGGCGGCGGCGCGAACAUUCGCCGCGCGCCGUAUUUUAACAAGUAUUAUUGUGGUAGCAUUCAUAAGCUGUGGAUAAGCUGUCACAAUGUGAUGAGAGUAUAGAUUCAUGCUGGAUUUGAAGGUUGGUGUAUGCCUUUUAAUCGGGUGGAUAUCUACAAUGGCCUUGUAUGUGUUGCUGUACUUUCUUGGUGUUAGAAUGUCUUCCGAAUCGACGAGUCGCAAGGUUGAAAUGCUACUACAAUGAUCGUAAUUUUACAUCGCUUUAACGUUUGAAGUAUUUCAAGUGACUGUCGAAAUAUGCAUUUAGAUUGGUGGUAAAAUAAUUUAUUUUAAUGGGAAACUUAUGUAACAUAAUGCCAUAAGCUUUACAUGUUUAACAGUGAUACUCAGUGGUAACGAUUUGUAUGAACAAAUGAAAUGUCACAAUUUUAAGCAAUGUUCUAUGUGUGAAUUUGUACUGGGAUACAGUUUUAAUGCCAAGACGUUUUCCUUGGGAGUAUCUAGUAUGGUCGACCUGCCAAAUGAUCUCAACACUUACGCGUAGACCGAAAAGGACAUAGGACGGAUUCAUCACAAGAUUUCAUUAAAUUAUAUGCAUUUAACAUUAAAACAUUUAAAACCUAUAUGCUGGUGUUGUGACCUACAAUAUUAAUACAUCAGUGCCGCCGCACGGUCGUAUCCGACCCCAGAACUUGUCUCGCCUGACCUUGAACUAUUAUGGUGUACACGAGUCUUCAGACAAGGUGACACGGUCCACGGGCAGUCCACCGACUCGUGCGGUCAGCACCUUUUAGCCAACAGCUCACUGGCGAUUUUCACGUAGAACAUUGUGAGCCAUAGUCAUAUAAAAAUAGAAGUGUAAUAUUUUGCGAAUAUCUACAUAGAGGCAGCAUAUUUACGACGUUGAUGUAACGAUCAAACAUACAUAUUUAGGUACGCAAGUAUAUUAAUCAAUAAUAAAUAAUCAUGUAUGCACUAUAACGAGUCUUCUUCGCGGUCUGUAUGUCUACUAGUGAAUGCACGCAACUCUGUUACGAGUUGCAUAAGAAAAUCAUGCAUGUGCAUUGGAUACAGCGGUCAAUCUUUCGAGCUGUAUGCCCACUGGUAUUAAUUGUGUAACAUACAGACUGAUUUCUUCUAUUUCAUUCAGAUACACUGUCCAAAAAUAUUGUCCUAUCCGCAGACUCUCGGUCGAUGUAUUGGAUCUGAUUAUUAUUAUGCUAAGAGUUUCUGCCUUGUAUUCAUGUAGUGAUAUUUUUGUAUGGUGUAUCGUGUCGAUGUAACAAGCAUCUGAUUGGCUGUCUAUUACGUUAAGUUCAAAUUAUUUUUAUAGUUAGUACGACAUUGAUGUGUAGUGUGAGCACACGCUAUUUCGCCUUUCCAUGUUCUUACUUUAUCAAUCUCUGUGAAUACUAGAUCGUAGCAUGUAGUGUCUUAGAUAAAACUUAAUAUUCUAAAUAUUAUAAACUCGGCAACACCACACGAACAAGUGAUACGACGUAAGCUACUUAUUUUUAGCAGAACAUAAUUAUGUCAUUCUGUGUACUAACAUAUUAUAUUUCUCUAAAUCAUUUUGCCUGUAAGCAAUGAUUAACGUAUCGUAGUGUUAUAUUAUAUACAUAUUAUAAUAUUAUGAAUAACGCAAUAUAUAAUAUAAACCCCAAGGUCUGACAGCUACUUUGCCAUUCGGAGAGGCUGUGAAACAGCCAGAAUCGGCAACUUUAUUCAUUUGUAUGAAGCCAUUUAGUUCCUUACGUUUAUUUUAAUCAUUUUAAAUCAAUGUCUUGUUAAGUUGUGCGUGCUAUUACGCGAAUGUCUCCUUUGCUAUACUGUAAUCUUUUUUGAAGUAUUACAUGAUUUACGCUACUGUUUCAUUUCUUUAUAUCUGUACAGUAGAAUAGUUCCUAACUUGUAAUCGAUACAAAUAUAACCCUUUACAUAAUACAUAGCGUAGCGAUGACGUAAAUUAAUUUCUCCUUCGAUCGUUUAGAAUUAAGACUUAUUUUUUAUAUAAUUCGAUCAAAUUUUAGUAAUUUUUAGUGUUUCACUAUUAGUGAUAUCGAUUCGAAUUGUUUUAAGGUUGAUUUACGUUUAUAUUUGUCGUAUUUUAAUAGAAGACUGCUCGGAUUUGUUUUCUAUUGUUUUUGUGUCUAUAGACAAAGCAAUUUCGCUCGUAAUUCUACAGUUUCUAAUUCAAGGCAGUAAAUUGUCUUUGGUAAUAUCACUUUCUAUCCUCAUCAGCUAAAAUUCCCUUUCGGAGAUUCCUAUUGGUCCAACCAUUUCUCUUUGUAUUAAAAAUUGAAGAAUAUAAUAGCAUGUUUAAUGUGAUCUUUCAACACACUGAUAAAAUAGAUGGCGCACAAGCACAUCACGUGACUUGUCGAUCGCUUAUGUCACAUUUGUUGACGAUUCGAAAGCGAACGUUGCUUUGUCUACAGACGUUUUCGCUUGAAGGGUGUCGUUGUUUGAGGCCUUCAGAGGCAUCCGAUGGGUCAUGAGUCUCACACGGCAAGCUAAGCUUAUUGAGAAUUAUUUAAUAUAGGAAUCUGUAUUUUUAUAAUGAUACUAAGCUAAGUUUACGACUACAAUAUAACAGUUACUCCGUAUAUUAAUGUAGUGACCAUGUAUAUCCCACGUCGUAGUUUUAGAGUACGUGCCGAGUUAUUUUUGUCGUUCUAUUAUUGGCUCUGCGUUGUCGUUAAGUUUAUGUUAGUUUGCGUUUGUUCGAGCCAGUACUAGCACACUUAAACCUCAAUAAAUCGAAUGCUUCCAGAUUUUUUGAUAAUAUCUAUGUAAUGUAUCAAACACACGACAGUAACUUAGGUAUAGAUCCUUUAUCAUCAAAUUGCAAUAUAGCGUAAGUGUAGUUUGUAACAAAAUUAGGUGUGCUAUUAUUGGCAUGAGAACUUGUCUGGUUGUUUAUCAGUACUAAGUUUUGCUCCGGAUUGUUGGACGAAUGAUGUCGAUCGCUGAAUAGUUGCAUUUAUAUUUAAUUUGUAUGUAAUUUUGUCACAGCGGUGGAAUAGGAGGCGGCGCGAGUUGACAACAUCGAUUGAGUACGCGGCAAAUAAUUUAUUGUCUGUAUGCAUGUAUGAAUGGCCCUUUUAUUAAACUGAUGUGGCAAACAUAGAAACAACUUAGAUUAAGGGCAAGUAAGAAACAGUAUAAGGCUCCACAAAUCAUACUUAUUUGUCCUCCUAAUACGUGUGUAAGAAAUCGCCUACAGCUAUACGUUGGUAAUCAAAACGCAUGUUCAAGAAACAAUCUUCCAUUAUUGAUCACAUCCUUGAUCUAAGUAUGUUUCUAUGUCAAUAACUAAAUUAUUUAAGUAAUCAUCAUUUUAUCUUAUAUUAUUUAUGUGAGACGUCGGCCGGACAGUUGUCUUCGCAUGUUUGGCGAUAGUUUAGUUAUAAUAAUUUUGUCGAACGAUUUUAAUUCCUGUAUUGUGAAAUGUUUAUUCAUUUUACGUUGUGAUCAUGUGAGUGCAAAAUUUUUAUUAUUUUAUCCAGUUUCGUUGACGGUUCGUCAAUUUAAGGGCAGCAGAAAUAAUAGUGUUUCGUUCUGCAUAGUCCAAGAGCAGUAUUUUUUAGAUGUAAUCUUUAUUAUUAUGAACUUUUUUAUUAUUUUAACAUUUGAAAUUCGAUCGUUAGUUAAUUUCUAACAAUAAAAUAUUUAAUAAAGAAAUCACAAAAUUU